AUGCUAAGUAUAACUAAAUCACAACUUCAAAGUAAAUGCCAAGCGAUUUCAAUUCUUAAACAGCAACUUGAAGAUACCAGGAAAGAAGCUGAUCAAUUUAGAGUUGUUUCGGAACAGCUUCAUGAGCGCUACAAAAAUCUCAGGAAGGCCCUAGAUACAGAGAUUAAUUGUCCAUCCACGGAGGGUUCCCAACGAAAGCUUAUAGUCAAUCUUAAAGUUAAAUUGAAUGAAAGCGAGAUGCAAAAUCGUAUUUUGGAGGCGGAACUUGAUCACCUUCGCAAAAGAAAUUCUGAAUUGGUCGAGGAUAGAUUGUUGAAACUUUCUGAACAAUCUCCUUUAAGACUUUGUUUCGGUACUGAAAGCAAGCAUUCUGACACAGAAGGUCGUGAGUCUCUUAUAUCUCAACUGGAGCAGAAGAAUAUCGAGUGCAAGCGUUUGAAAAGGGAACUUGAACUGUGCAUUGACGAGAAGCAAGAAUUACUUCUUGGAAUAGUGAAUAAUUCUGAUGGAGAAUGCGGUUCAGAAAAAUGCAGGGCGCUUUAUCAAGAAAAUCAAAUGCUGACUCGUCAAAUAAAUAGACUAGAGGCGGACAGAAAACUACUGACUCAGAGUCUAGCUAAAUACCAGUAUUCUUCUCUCAUUUCUUCCCCUAAUGUGAUAAAUGAUGGGCCUUUCGAAAGUGAACCACGUGAUUCUCAGAUUAGCAUGCCUAGUUAG